GUCUGAUAUAUGCUAUCUGUUCAAUGCCAGUCACAAUCUCGUGUCGCAGCUGGCCGGAUGACAACGACGUAACAUCAUGGCGGACAACGAUAAGAAGCCGAUGUCACGUUUAAUGAAACUCGCGAACAAAUUUAACUGCUUCUACCUGUCAGGUUUGCAUGCAGGAGAAUGCAGAGCUUUUGUUGUCGAUGGACAACAAAUUGGUCUUGUACGUCCAGAUGUAAUGAAAGAAAUAUUAAAUCAUCCUCAAGUAUUUCAAGUACAUCCCGAAUAUGUACAAUUAAAUCCAGCGUUUCGGGAUUAUACUGAAAGAAGCGCACGUGUUGAUGAAGUAUUAAGAGAAUGGAAAGCAGGUGGAAAAUUUGUGACAUUACGAGGCUGGAGGGAGGAAUGUUAUGAAGUGCGUUCUCAGUUUAAUACAUUGCCACUGUUUAAGAUGGAUCGCUCGGCUACAUGUUUAUUUGGAAUUCGGAAAUAUGGAGUGGAUAUAAAUGGCUAUGUUAUGGAUCCUGUUAAAGGCUUAUCAAUAUGGUUACAAAAACGUAGUCCUAAUAAACAAACAUGGCCAGCAUACUGGGACAGCAUGGUGAGCGGUGGAUUGAGUGUUGGUUAUGGCAUAAAUGAAACUGCGAUAAAAGAGGCUGGAGAAGAAGCCGGUAUUCCAAAUAAUCUUAUUGCCAAGCUUAAGAGCGCUGGUUGUGUGUCGUUCUUUUUCGAAAGUGAAAGGGGUUUAUUUCCUAACACGGAAUUUGUAUAUGAUCUCGAGUUGCCACCUGAUUUUGUACCAAACAACAGCGAUGGGGAGGUAGAGACUUUCGAAUUACUCCCUGUUGGUGAAUGCUUAGAGAGGAUACUUUCUCCACAUUUCAAAACUACAUCUGUACCAGUUGCCCUUGACUUCUUAAUUAGACAUGGAUACAUCACAGCGGAGAAUGAGCCUAACUUUAUACAGAUUGUGGAGUUACUUCAUGUACCUCUGCAGACUAUGUACAAUCAUCGACACAAAACUAGUAAUAGAAUGGCCAAUGGUGAAGCAAUUGAAGCUUUAGAAAAAGUUUAAAUUUUUCUUUUAAUUUAUACUACGCUAUGAAUUGAAAGGCUAUGAAUUGAAGGAAAUUAAUGAGGUUGUUUCUUUUCUUUGUUUCUUCAUUGGAGAUGAUUAUUGACAAAUUUUAUAUUAAAAAGAAUUAUACAAUAUAAGACUUUAAAAAGAUUUUAUAAAUUAUCCGCUAUAGAUAAAGCAUUUUUAUUAUUGAGUUGAAUAUAUUUCUGCAUUCAUUUUAAUAUAUUGUUUUAGUUGUACAUCUUAUAUUAACAACGAAAAAAAGCCGCUUCCUAAUAUGCUUCAUAAACUUCACUGACUAUAAUACAUUUGUAAGAUUUUUGUAACAUGUUUCUCCCUUAUUUAUACAGUUUCGUAUGAUUUAUAAAAAAGAGAAAAAUACAAAUUUUUACAAAUUUUUAUAUGAUAAACUGAAGAGUUAACUAUAGUAAUAUGAUUUGAUUGAUAGAGAAUUAUAAAGAUUAUUUCUUCCGCCUAUAUAGUUUUUUUUCUCUUUUUCUGUAACGAAUUUGAUUGUAGUUAGAUUAUGUUCAGAUAUUUUUCAGCCUAAUCUGCCAUUAUUACGUUUAGCAUAACAAAAUUGUAUGCCAAUUAUAACAAUAUUGUGCUUGUCAAUUUAACAGAUGCAUUGUAAUAAAAGAAAAUGACAUUUAAUGAAAAUAAUUUUACAUACAUUAAAAUCGAACCAAAAGUAUUAUAGAUGCUGCAUUUCAGAGAAUAGGUUUACAGAUAAGAUUGCGUUUAAGGACUGAAAAGUAAUAAGUUUUUUCUAAUCAUGUGUAUAUAUAUAUAUAUACUAAAAUUUACAGUGCAAAUUUCUCCUAUGUAAAUUUUCAGGAAUAUGCAAGAUUUUGACAGUCUAUAAUAUCAGAAACAUUUGCAUUAUAAAAGUGAGAAUAUACAUCAUGUUUUAUAAAUUAUCCACAUAUUUUUUUAAUAUAUCAAAAAAUUUACAGUGGAACUCUAUGUGCUGAAUAUGUGUUCAAUUGGAUUUUAUUAUCAAAGAUGCUCUUGAACAUUUAACAUUUUUACUUACUACUUUUUUAAAGAAAGAUUUAAAGUACUUAUAUUAUUUAUUAUGUAAGCAAUAUACUGGUAUUUCACAAAUUUUAUUAAAUGUUAAGUAUUUCCAAUGUUUGUAAAGUUUAAAUAUCAUUUACAUUUACAGAGACUGUACAAGUGGGAAGCACAAAUUUAAUGACUAAUACAAUAGUAUAUUUUUGUUUCAGAUAAGAUCAUUAUUGAUAUAAUCAAUUACAUUGUAUUAUGUUUUCAUGAUAUUUAAAAGUGAAUUGUAAUAAUAUUUUGAUAUUAUUACAAUUGGAUUAUAUUUUAAUUGUAUAUAAUACUUUUUUAUAAUUCUCUUUCAAUUUUAUUUCUACAAUAGCAGUUUAUUAAAUUGUAUAUUGCAUUAAUAUUAUAUUAUUACUUUAUAUAGAUGCAUCACUGUGACAGCAUCAGUAACAAUUUGUUAUUAACGCCAUUUAUGUGAUAUAUCUUAUACUGAAUUUUUAAAAAUUGUUAUAUAUAUAUAAUAUACCUUAUAUAAAAAAAGAGCAUAAAUACUAAUUAAUAUAAAAUAAUAUGUUUAUAUUCUUGUUAAAUUCAUGAUUACAAAAAUCGCAUUAUGUAUAUGAGUGUAGAAUUUCAUAUUAUAUUCGUUAAAAUAUCAGUUAUGGUAAAAUAUAUAUUAAUCUUAUAAUACAUAAAUUAUCACGUUUAUAUGCACAGAAAGGUACUUGUGAGUUUGUGGUACUUGUACCACAUGCUAAAAGAAACAAAGGUUUACAAAUGUUUAAGGAAGUAUAAGUUUCAAACACUUAAACAAUUUUUUUACAGUAAACAAUAGAGAGAGAGUAUUCCGUAGAAUAGUUAUAUAUUUCUUUUCGAAUCUUUUAAAAUAUAAUUUAAUACUUUUGCAUAUAUUAUGCCAAUGAAUUGACAUUGUGCUAAUUAUAGAAUCAUUAGUUUUACCAAAUUUUGCAGUCAAGUGCUAUAAGAACUAACUGAACUGUAAUAGAUU